GUCAGAGACAAUAUUAUAUAGGUACCUAACCAAAACUGAAUACAGAAUUAUGCAUAAUUUAAUAAUGUUUUUAUAGUUCUGCUUUGCUUGCUUGCUUUUGACGAUUCUCGGUCAUCGGUACUUUUUUUAAUCGUACUAUAACUGACUGGACUAUGUAUCAAUUUGAUAGGUUUCUGUCAUUUGUGUUAUGAGUGAGUGUCGUGAGUUUUGACUCGACUCGUGAGUUAGAAAAUUUCAAAGAAGUUAUUGUUAUCAAAUAUUAUAAAAUCUUCGAAUCUUUUACUUAUGUUAAUAAUAUGACGGCUUAUUUUACUCUGAUAUAAUAAACUCGAAUUUGUGCGUUCUAUGACAAUUGUUUUAGCAUUGGGAUAUUCAAUAUAAAUAAUAAAUAACACAAGUAAAGAUGAAUGUGUUACCUGCUCAACCGAUUGGAAUUCAGAGUACGGCGGGAGCUGUUCCUGUUCGAAAUGAGAAAGGUGAAAUAUCUAUGCAAAAAGUAAAAGUGCAAAGAUACAUAUCAGGUAAAAGACCAGAUUAUGCCCAAGGUGUUUCAUCUUCUGAAGAGUCAGAUGCAGAAGAUUUUAUAGAACAGCAAAGACCAGAAAGAAGACAUCAGAUUGCUCAAAUAAUUACUAGAAAAGAAGAUUUGCACAGUGAUUCAGAUACUGAAAAAGAUGAUCCGCGUCUACGUCGUUUACGAGUCGCGGCCCACUCGCCCCCACGUCGUGCUGAACAUAAGCCUGAAAUCAUUGACGCAGAGCCGGAACCAGAGUCAGAAUCUAGUGAAGAAGAAAUAAGACACAGUUCAGAAAGUGAAGAUGAAUUAGAUGAAGAAGAAAUUGAACGACGUCGCCAAGCUGUUAAAGCUAAACUGGCUGCUAGAGAAGCAGAAAAGGAGGUUCUUGGAAGAGACGAUGAUGAAGAAAUGUUGGAUGGUGACAGAGAAGAAAGUGGUUCCUCAGACACAGAGUACACAGACAGUGAGGAGGAUACAGGUCCGCGAGUGAAACCUGUUUUCGUGAGGGCCUCUGACAGGAUGACAGUGGCCGAAAGGGAACGUAAACAGAAACAGCAGAAAAAAGAAGAGUCAGACGCUAGAAAAGAAAAAGAGGAGAGAAGAAGGGAAGCACUGAAGUUAGUUGAGGAGACGAUUCGCUCAGAACAAAGAAAUACACAGUCAGAAAAUAAGGAAGGUAAUAUUAACGACAUUUGUACGGACGACGAAAACGACGAGCUGGAAUAUGAAGCAUGGAAGUUGCGUGAAAUGAAACGCAUCAAACGGGACAAGGAAGAGAGAGAAGCGAUUGAGAAAGAGCUGUUGGCGGUAGAGCGCAUGCGCAACAUGACUGAAGAAGAAAGGCGCGUCGAACAACGUCUUAAUCCUAAACUUGUAACUAACAAGUCGGUUAAGGGCAAAUACAAGUUUCUACAAAAGUAUUAUCACAGAGGUGCUUUCUAUUUGGAUAAGGAAGAGGAAGUGUUCAAGCAAGAUUUCUCCGGCCCCACAUUGGACGAUCACUUUGAUAAGACAGUUUUACCAAAGGUUAUGCAAGUGAAGAAGUUCGGUAGAUCAGGCCGAACCAAAUACACACAUUUGGUAGAUCAAGACACUACUGAGUUUGAUUCAGCUUGGAGCAAUGAAGGUUCGGCUGCUCGACUUGCCAAUUUCCGUGGAGGCAUGAAGCAAGUCUUCGACAGACCGUCGGCUAAAAGAAAACAUACGGCGUAAUUUAAACUAUAAUUAUAAUGUAAAAUAAAGGUUUUUAUUAUUACA